AUGGAGCAAACCUCGCCCUCAGCCAUGGAGCUCAAGGAAAACACCACAAUCGUCGUCCUCGGCGCGUCUGGCGACCUGGCGAAGAAGAAGACGUACCCUGCUCUCUUUGGCCUGUAUCGAAACCAAUUCCUUCCCAAGGAUGUCCGCAUCGUUGGAUAUGCGCGCACGAAGAUGGACCACGAGGAGUACCUCCGCCGAAUCAAGUCAUACAUGAAGACCCCCACCAAGGAGAUUGAGCAGCAGCUCGAGGAGUUCUGCAAGAUCUGCUCCUACGUCUCCGGCCAGUACGACAAGGACGAGUCAUUCGUGGCCCUCACCAAGCACAUGGAGGAGCUCGAAAAAGGCCGCCCCGAGCACAACCGCCUCUUUUACAUGGCCCUCCCUCCCUCCGUCUUCACAAUCGUCUCCCAGCACCUCAAGAAGUGCUGCUACCCCACCAAGGGCAUCGCCCGCGUCAUCGUCGAGAAGCCCUUUGGCAAGGACCUGGCCAGCUCCCGUGAGCUACAAAAGUCUCUCGAGCCGGACUGGAAGGAGGAGGAGCUGUACCGCAUCGACCACUACCUGGGCAAGGAGAUGGUCAAGAACAUUCUGAUUAUGCGCUUCGGCAACUCAUUCCUCGGCGCAACCUGGAACCGCCACCACAUCGACAACGUUCAGAUCACCUUCAAGGAGCCCUUCGGCACCGAAGGCCGCGGCGGCUACUUUGACGAGUUCGGCAUCAUCCGUGACGUCAUGCAGAACCAUCUGCUUCAGGUCCUGACCCUCCUGGCCAUGGAGCGCCCUGUGUCCUUCGACUCUGAGGAUAUCCGUGACGAAAAGGUGCGCGUUCUGCGCGCCAUUUCUGCUCUUGAGCCCAAGAAUGUCAUCAUUGGUCAGUACGGGCGCUCCCUUGACGGCAGCAAGCCCGCGUACAAGGAGGAUGAUACCGUUCCCCAGGACUCUCGCUGCCCUACCUUCUGCGCCCUUGUCGCCUACAUCAAGAAUGAGCGUUGGGACGGCGUUCCCUUCAUCAUGAAGGCUGGCAAGGCCCUCAAUGAGCAAAAGACGGAGAUUCGCAUCCAGUUCAAGGACGUUACAUCAGGUAUCUUCAAGGACAUUCCUCGCAAUGAGUUGGUUAUGCGCAUUCAGCCCAACGAGAGUGUCUAUAUCAAGAUGAACUCGAAGCUCCCUGGUCUCAGCAUGCAGACCGUCGUUACCGAGCUGGACCUCACCUACCGCCGCCGCUUCUCCGAUCUCAAGAUUCCCGAGGCCUACGAGUCGCUGGUGCUCGACUGCCUCAAGGGCGACCACUCCAACUUUGUCCGUGAUGACGAGCUCGAUGCUAGCUGGCGCAUCUUUACCCCUCUCCUCCACUACCUCGACGACAACAAGGAGAUCAUCCCUAUGGAGUAUCCCUAUGGCUCGCGCGGCCCCGCUGUUCUCGACGACUUUACUGCUUCAUACGGAUACAAGUUUAGCGACGCUGCUGGCUACCAGUGGCCGACAACGUCUGCCGUGCCCAGCAACAACAACAGUAGCAACAAGCUGCGGGCCGCCGCGGGCUUGUCGAACGGCCCGGCGUCCUCAAAGAUGGAAAAUGGCGAAGCCAGCGGGCGCACCGAUCAUGAACGGCCGAGCGACAAUGCAAAAGUGGUCGCAGAUCAACCCGGCAUGCCGCCGGACGACAAGGCCGUGGUCCGGGCCGGCGAUUCGGGGCUGCCACGCAUGAACGACCUCCCCGAUGAGAUCGUCCACGUCACGCAGGGCUUCGUCCCGCUGUCGUUGUUCCUCACGCGCUUGGCGCAGGUCUCUCACAACUCCCUGCAGGACAAAGUGGCGGAGCUGGCCAAGAUGGCCAUCCCGGCUUCGGCCCUCAACGGUACUGCAACGAACCUGACGGCGAGCGGCCCCGACGACGUCUCGGCCGAAAACCUGCGGAAGAAGGCGACCCUGUUGCAUUUUGCGCAGGACAUGCACGCGAAAUGGGUCAAGGCGCUCGUCAUCACGGAAUGGAGCCGCCAGGCGCCCUUGGUCAGCAAGCUGAUUGACUUGAAGUUUCACAUGGACCAGCUGAAAGUCAGCUACGAUAUGUGCAUUGACAAGACGGCCAAUGUCAAGCGAGACCUGAGCUAUGCGCGGCUACCUGCCCCAGACUUGAAGACGGCCCUGCAAAUAUUAUCUACCGGAAGUGCUCCAUGGAUAUCAGAUCAUAACUAUAUAGAACCCCCCCCCCUCACAGCUGAAGAGAAACUGCGUUGGCUCAAGGAUCUCAAUACGCGCCUGAGCCUGCGACUCAACCUGGAAGAUUACGACAAGAUACCACCUCAGUUCCGCAGUUACGAGAUUUCCUCUGGCCGCGUCACAUUCAAAGUAGCAGACGAGUUCGAGGUGGAUUUGACGAUUGCCGACGAAGACCCCGACAAGCAAUUUUGGUUCAUUGAUUUCAGAUAUGCAUUCACACCGUCAGCCCUCUCGCUUUCAGAGGGACUGCGACGUCACAUGGAGAUCUAUGUCAACGAUGCGCUGGCGAGGAACGGUCUUACCGGCUGCUAUCAAUUUUUGCACGAAAUGGUACUGACGGCCAAGAUCACCGAGCUGAAGAGCCAGGCCCUGCGGCUGAGCAGAACGUCCUGGCACGGAACUCUAGUGGUUGAACAGCUCAACCGUGGCCUAGCGAUACAAUACUGGUCAUCGCGCGCACCCACUACCAAGAGUUGGCUGCUUAUCGCUGUUAAUAGCGGGAAGAAGAAUGGCAAAAUGGAUGCUGGGUCGCCGAGCAACCUGGUGGCAAAAUGGUAUAGAGACAAUCAGGAAGUCAAGGACGUACAACUGGCUUUUGACGUCGGCGACCUCUCUGUUGAGUCUCUUUUGAAGGAAGUGAUUGGACGACAUAUUGGAUACAUAUUGCGGAACAUCCGCGAUAAGCUGCUCGAAGCGCCUCGUUUUAAGCACCACGAAGCCGCAAUGACUUUGCGCAUCUCGAACAAGAACCCCGGCGACUGCAUCCUCACGAUGCAAGUAAGUCGUACGAAUACGACAUCACUGCUGGUGGAACCGACGACAGGCAUAUUUGCCGUGAAGCCGCAGUCUAAGUUCUCGAUUCAGUAUGAGCAUCAACUUAACAGCGGCAAGAACACUGCCGACGAUGGCGUCACAUGUCUGGAGAGUGUGCGCUGCGCCAUUGUUGAGGACGAGCUGCUCCGCCGCGGCAGUGCGGCCGGCUGGCAGACACAAAAGUCGCCUCUCUCGCUGGAAGAAACAAAAUCCGUCACAAAAUUGCGUGAUUGGACUCGCACCAUCUGGAUGCGCAGGGAGGGUUGGGGGGAGACCUGGUAUGUGGUCAUCUUUCUCGGCCUCGGCGGCGACCAGUGGUGGCUGCUGGAAGCAAACCGCGACGAGCCAGGGCGCUCCAUCAAGUUCCAAGCCAGACUGCCUCUUAGCAAGGGAAACCCCGACUUCUCGAAUGACUUCUGGAGCGACCUGACCAUUUUCGCCACCGGCAUGAUUGCACAGGCCGUCGAUAUGCGCGAGUUGCACCGCCUUCGCAUUAAGAGCCAGACGAACGACAGCAUGAACCCGACCUUACCCCAUCAACUUCACCUACCCUCGAUACAAGUGGCUCUAUCAGCCCUGUUCCCGAACCUAGUCCACGAUGCAGGGCAUAAAUCAAAGGACCGGCAACCAUGGGCAAUCGACGUUGUCACUAUCCGAUUCAAAGGUAUCGAAGCGAACGAAGGCAGCCUGAUGUGUGUGUCAGAAGCGGUUCUCGGGGUGCGCAGGCCGUCCAAGUUUGCCGCUCUCAAGGGGACCGUCGAUGGCAAUCUUCAAUACAAUGCCAAGCUGGGCGAGUUUUGUCUCCGCGUACAGCACGGCAUCGGCGAGCCCGUCCUGGCGCUCCUCAAGUCGCGAAUCAAGGCUAUUGACCGGUUCGUCAACUUUUUGGAGGCAAUGGACAAGUCGAACGGGUCGAUUGUGAGCGAACUAGUGACACUCAAGGAGAUACGGUUCCGGUACAGUCAAGCAAACAGCAACAACAAGGACGACAGUCAACAGUGGCGCAUCACGCUGGACCUAUCGAAGGACGACAUCGCGAUCAAAAUCGAUCGCGGCAACCCGCACCUGCGCGUCGUCGACCUUAUGCACCAACUCGUCAAUAGCGACGGCGGCAUUGGGGCCCUGAUGGGAUGGCUCCCCGCGUCCCUGCAGGCGCUCGAGGCCAUCAGCAGCAUCGAGAUGCGCUGGGACGAACCUCAAUCCAAGCAGCUCGGCCAAGUCGCGUUCGCCAUGAAGUCGCUGUCGUGGCUUAGCCUGCAGUACACCAUGGCCGCUCGGGGCCCGCCGGGGACAAAGCGCGUCGUCCUGCUGCAGAUACGGACUGAGACGCGCCGUGGCGAGUCUUGGUGGCACGUGUGGCGCGCCCGCGACGGCAUCGUGUCCGGCAAGGAGGACGACGUGUACGAGGCGGCACUCAAGACCGUGUGGAACGGCCGGGGGCCCGGAUGGCUGGGUCUGUCGACGGGCGCGGCGGCGCGGUCUGAGGGUGGCAUCGUUGCCAUGCUGCUCACGGUGGAUGAGGCGCUGCGCUCGGCUGCCGUCGGCGAGUCGUCCACGGCGGCGGCGAUGCAGAUUCAAAACAACAGCAAGGAAGUGGUAAUUUUGGAUUAA